AUGACGGCGCGCGCGACGACGACGACGCGCGCGCGAACGACGACGACGACGACGACGACGCGGGCGGCGAUAGGUCGACGACGCGCGCGCGAACCGAACGCGCGACGACGCGGAGACGCGUGCGUGCGGUACAACACGCCCGCGGGCGUGGGGAGGAAGGCGGACGAUCCUCUGGGGGUGUUCAGGCUGGAGUACGACAUCUCGAUGGACGAGGCGCAUCGACCGAAGACGUGGAAGCCGACGGUCACGGUGGCGGUGAGCGGCGCGGCGGGGCAGAUUUCGAAUCACUUGUUGUUUAAGAUCGCGAGUGGGUCGGUGUUCGGACACGAUCAGCCGGUGGUGUUGAGAUUGCUCGGGAGCGAGCGGUCGAGACAGGCGCUGGAGGGGGUGGCGAUGGAGCUGGAGGAUUGCUUGUUUCCGUUGUUGCGCGAGGUCGACAUCGGCAUCGACUGCAGGAAAGUCUUCGCGGGCGCGGAUUGGGCGCUGUUGAUCGGGGCGAAGCCGCGUGGACCGGGGAUGGAGCGCGGAGAUUUGCUUGAGAUGAAUGGGGCGAUUUUCGUCGAUCAAGGCAAGGCGUUGAACGAGGUGGCGAAGCCGACGUGCAAGGUCAUCGUCGUCGGGAACCCUUGCAACACGAACGCGCUCAUCGCGCUGUCGCACGCGCCCAACUUGGAUCCGCGCAACUUCCACGCGUUGACCAAGCUCGACGAAAACAGAGCAAAGUGUCAACUCGCGCUCAAGGCGGGCGUGUUCUACGAAACCGUGAGUAACGUCGUCAUUUGGGGCAACCACUCCACGACGCAGGUGCCGGAUUUCGUCAACGCCAAGAUCGACGGUAAGAAAGCCACCGAAGUCAUCACCGAUCAAGACUGGCUCGAGAACGACUUCACUCCCGCGAUUCAAACCCGCGGCGGGUUGCUGAUCAAAAAGUGGGGUCGCUCUUCCGCGGCGUCCACGGCGGUGUCCAUCGCCGAUCACAUCAGAAAUUUGGUCAACCCGACGCCGGAGGGCGACUGGUUCUCCACAGCCGUGCUCAGUAACGGUAACCCGUACGGCAUCCAAGACGGCAUCGUUUACUCCUUCCCGUGCCGCUCCAAGGGCGAUGGUUCGUACGAAAUCGUUCCCGGUUUAGAAGUGAACGACUGGCUUCGCGAGCGCAUGAAGAAGAGCGAAGAAGAGCUCACCAGCGAAAAGGGCUGCGUCGGCCACCUCGUCGGGGAAGCGCACGUUGACGUCCCAGACGCAGGGUGCCCGGUCGAUCUCGAAGACACUCUUUUGCCAGGUGAAAUGUAA